AUGUCAAACGAGAAAGCCCGUGGUUCGAAACCGGCCACUGCCUCUCGAUUUACUCCAUCUAGGUUUGGGCAACCUGACAGUAUCCCAGCCCUUGUGCUUCCUUCGGGAGGCAUGGCAGCUAGGCACCGAAAUGGUGUUACAGCAGAACGAUUUGAUACUGAGGUGACAGGAUCUGAAGGGUCACAUGUGCAGUCUAUUCACUUUGCGGUUUCGAUUACUUUUAUUCGGUUUGAUUCCCACACACAAACACCGGCAGUUCUUACGGAUGCUUGUAAAUACUUUUAUGGGAGCAAAAUGACUCAGCGGUUAGAGCGCGAAUCUACUGGCCGGAAGGUCCGUGGUUCGAACCGAACCUCUGCCUAUCCCGUUUCUAGGCUUGGGCAACCCGGCAGUGUCCCAGCCCACGUGCUUCCUUCUGGUGGACGGCAGCUAGGCACCGAAAGGUGGGUCACAGCUGAACAAAAGGUGUCUAUGUCACUACUGCAUUUAUGA